AUGAAUUAUUUGGAUGAUUCAUCUCUUGGAAAUUUUUAUCAAUUUCCUUCUUGGCCAACAACCAUAACUCGAUCACAAACAAGUUUACCAAAUAAAAAUACUAAUCAUAUGUUUAAAUUACGUAUUGAUAAUCGAAAUCAAAUUGAAACUUUAUCAAAAACACGUCUUAGUCGACAUAAUGCUAUGAUUGCAAGAGAAUUACGUGUUUUUUCACCUCCACCACUACAUCAACCAACUCCAACACCAGAUAUUUGUUCAACAAUUGAUCAAUCAUCAUUAAUCUCAUCGAAUUAUCUACCAUGUCAUUUAAAACCUAUUCGAGUGAAAUCAGCUACAUUAAGUGUUCCAGUAAACACAAAUUCUGAAGAAAUUUUAUUAAAAAAUUUUCCAAAACAAACACAUGAAAGACGUAAACUAAUGCAAGAAAGAAUACGACAAAAACAACAAACUCUAAAACAUGCUCAAGCGGAUUCAGAUACUUGGUUUCAAUUGAGAGAAUCAUUAGCUGAAUUAAAACGUCUUGCAACAAAUGAAGACGUUCUUGUAGAUCCAACGACAUCAAUUUUUAAUUGUGAUGGAUUUUCUUUUGAAGCACUUAAACAAGUUAUUAAUCAACAAUCUCAAGAAAUUAAAGUCAAUAAACCUAAACAUGAAUCAGGUAAAUAUUCAUCAAUGAAUACAGCGCCUUCUUCAAAGAUUAUUCGUACACCAACGAUGAUGCCAACUUCACAAAAUUCUUUAUCUCGUUCUCGAAUAAAACGACGAUCAACAGAAACUUAUCCUCAUUCAACCUUUGAACUAUUAACUGUAGCAACAAAACCACUUCAUUCUCCUAUGUUAACUGCUAAUAAUCAUUCAAUAAAAACAAAAACUAAACAACUACAGUCAUCAUCAGCAACAUCAAGACGUAUUCGCUCUGCUUCACCAUCAAUAGUAAUACCAUCUAUUAUCGGAAAACAUGUUCAAUUAUUAGCAUCUGAUGUAUCCAAUAAUGAUGAUUCUCUAGUAUCACCAAUACCAUCUCCUCGUUAUCAAGAUUUGAAACAAGAAGAAGAAUCAGAAAAAGCAGCUGGUCCAGCAUGUCCUGAAUCAUCUAAUUGUUCAGAAAUUCUUUCAAGUGUUUCAUUAAAAUCUAAAAUAAAAUUAAAACCUCAAAUUUCACGUUGUCAUAGUGCUAUGGAGAUAAAAUCUUCCUUUAAUAAAAAUUAUCCACGUUUUAUAUUAAUAACUGAUCAAGAACAUCAAAUUGAAAGUUGGUAUCAUCAAUAUCCAUUUAUUCUUAGUGAUGAUCUUCUUCAAUCAUUUCAAUCAAAAUCAUUAAAUAAAACUACAACAUUAGCUUAUUUUAUUGAUGAUUAUCAACAAUUCAUAAAUUCAAAUAUAACAACUAAAACAAUUUUACAGGGUAAACCAUUUCAUAUAAAUAAUGAUUGGAAAAAAUAUGAUCUUAUUUUUAUAUCCAAUAAUAUUUAUCAAGAUAUUAUUAUUUAUUUACAAACAAUUAUUAAUUUAAUUAUUAAAUCAUCAGGAAAAAUAAUUCAUAUUUAUCAAAUAAAUCAUCAUGAAGAUUUAAAAACACAAGUUAGAUAUAUAUGUAAACAAUUAAAUCAACAAAUUUUUUCUCAUGUUUAA